AUCUUUCAGAAGGAAGGUGUAUCCAAAAUCGCACACGAACAUUUUAUAUUCAACUAUGUGGUAUAAAAUUUUGCCGCUAUAUAUUGACCGCAGGGAGGUGAUACCGAAGAGAUCUUUAAGAAGGAAGGUGUAUCCAAAAUUGCACAUGGGACUUGUGAGUUAUGCGAAGCAAUUGAUACUAUUAAGGUUCAUUGGUCAUAUGAAGUUUGCACACGUCAAGCUUGACAUCAUAAAAAUCACAAUGCAUUCUGAAAACGAUACCGUACAGGUUCGUUGGCGUAUACGUGGUGUCAUCACAGGCUGGAAGGUAUUUUCUGUGUUUUGGAAGUAAAAUUUGGAAAAUACAACAUGUCAUAAAAUAAGCGCUAACCAGGAAAUGUAAGUGUAAUCAGUGCUCUAAACAUUCCUUUUAA